AUGGAAGAAGGCAGCAGCAGCACAAGCAGAACAGCAGCAGCAGCAGGAAAGCAGCAGCAGCAGAAGGAAAACAGCAGCACCAGCAACAGCAAAAUGGCAACAGUAACAGCAGCAAGACAGCAGCAGCAAACCAGCAGCAGCACAAUAGUAGCAGCCAAGGAGCAGCAGCAGCGGCAGAAAAACAGCAGCAGCAGCAGCAUCAAAACAGCAGCAGCAGCAGCAAAACAGCAGCAGCAAAGCAGCCGCAGCAGCAAAACAGCAGCAGCAAAGCAGCCUCAGCAGCAAAACAGCAGCAGCGAAGCAGCCGCAGCAGCAAAACAGCCGCAGCAAAGCAGCCGCAGCAGCAAAACAGCAGCAGCAAAGCAGCCGCAGCAGCAAACCAGCAGCAGCAAAGCACGGCGAGCAGCAAAACAGCCGCAGCAAAGCAGCCGCAGCAGCAAAACAGCAGCAGCAAAGCAGCCGCAGCAGCAAACCAGCAGCAGCAAAGCAGGGCGUCGUCGUUUUGUCGUCGUCGUUUCGUCGGCGUCGUCGUUUUGUCGUCGUCGUUUCGUCGGCGUCGUCGUUUUGUCGUCGUCGUUUCGUCGGCGUCGUCCAAAACAGCAGCAGCGAAGCAGCCGCAGCAGCAAAACAGCAGCAGCAAAUCAGCUGCAGCAGCAGAACAGCCGCAGCAAAGCAGCCGCAGCAGCAAAAUAG